GAUCAUAAUAAAGCGUACCAGUUCCGGUAGGACCUGCGGCAGCAUCGUAAACCCGGCGCAGUACUGCUAAGGGAACGUUUGAACACCAACGAGUGCGAACAGGAACGCAAAACAAAACGUUAAUAUUUAUCUGCUGUUCCCGCUGGCGCAAACAAAGCGUCCCGUGUGUAAUCGCGUCGUUGUCGAGGCGGUUGGCAACCUUCGCAAUAAAUUGAAAACAGAUUGCAUAUUGCGAACCGAGACUGUGACCGGGUGGACCAGCGAGCAGCGAGUGAAACGUAAUUAAGUGAAAUGAUUCCAUCGCUACGGGCGCACAAGCGACGGUCGAGCUGCCGAGAGAUACGAUCACCACUGGCCAGUCCGAUGACGGUGUCUUGCGCAACCGUUACAAUGUAACCCACCACGGUUGGCGUCUCCAUUUGGCGGUUACCGAACAUCGUGAACAUCGGGCGUGCGACGCUUGUUACACGACGUGAAAUUGCACCGGAGUUGGUCGGGGGAAAAAACACAUUAAAAGCGACCGCGUACAUUUAGCCCACCAAAUCCCCGGCCGUAAAGCAACGAAGGCAACAUAUAUUUCAACCCACCCAGAGCCUAAAGCGCACCAUCAUGAAGUCCGCCAUCCUGUACCCGUACGGUCCGCUGCGCGCUAAUGGCUGCUGCCGGAUGCUGCACGCCAAACAUUUGGCACUAACGAGCGCCAUCUACACGCUGAACAUUUCGAUCCUGGUCGUGUUGCUCUACUCGUGGCGCAUCAGCGUGAACGUAAAGAAGUACGGCGACCUGGAGGACGUGUAUUACGGUGUCCAGAUAGCGUAUUUCGCCAUCAUCGGCACGCAAUGCUCGAUGAUCCUGCUCAGCGUGGUGCUCAUUUUCGGCAUCUAUCGGGAAAACAUCGGUCUGGUCGUACCGUGGAUAAUCGGAUUCAUCACCUUCAUGGCGCUGGAAGCGGUCGCCAUGGUCUACUCGAACGUUCUGCGGGACCACGUGAACCGGCAGUUUGAUUCGCUCUGCAAGGCGGAGGUGGCGUUUUUCGUGUCACGUGCCAUCAUCAACACGAUGGCCAUGUGGGCAGUGACACGGUUCUACAACCUGCUGCGCGCUGGUGUCACCUGGAAGGGUCCGGAACUGAUCGAGCUAUGACACAACUCGAACGAGACGGAAAAGACGCUAGCGUCCUUCCGCGAGGAAACUCAC